UGCCCACUGCCCAGCCAGCGAGCGAGCUUCGGUCUUCACUUCAGUCUGUUUUGUGACUCGUGAGUGUGUUGUGUUCGUCCCUGGUCGUGUUCAGUUUAUUCGAUUAUCCUUUUUUUCGUCGCGAGUUUGUAGUUGCGUCGCCCGAAGGAAAGAGUGCCGAGUGUUCGAGCAAGGACGUGAACGUGCAACGAACGAUCGCGGGACGCGAGACUCAACCGGAGAGCAUCGCGAAUAUGAAGUGAGCGAAUCGAAUCUCCUUCAGGGAUGACAUCCUGACGAGAGAGCAAAGUUAACCAUCGCGAUGGAUCCACCAGCUACGAGCAAGGUUCUGCGAGCUCCUAGCCUGAAGAGGGGCCAGGAGAACGUCAAGAUACAGGACAGGAUAAAGCUGGAACGUGUACUCGGCGUAACCGUGUCGAGCAAUGCAGCCCUGGACUGCGACGCGACCAGCGAGCUGGUCGCCUAUCCUGCCGGUUGUACCGUGGUCCUGUUCAACCCUCGCAAGAAUACUCAAGCCCACGUGUUGAACGGUUGUCGCAAAACGGUGACCUCCCUGGCGCUCGCCGGCGAUGGUAGACUGCUGGCGACGGGCGAAUGCGGUCACAUGCCGAACGUUCGUGUCUGGGACAUCUCCGAUCCGUACAAUGCAGUGCAGAUCGCUGAAUUUUCCGGGCACAAGUACGGCAUCAACUGCGUGGCAUUUUCACCGAGCAACAAGUACGUGGUGUCCGUGGGCUCUCAACACGAUAUGAUCGUCAACGUCUGGGAUUGGAGGAACAAUGUUAAGGUGGCGUCGAACAAAGUCUCGAGCAAAGUGAAGGCCGUCUGCUUCGCGGAAAACGGCAAUUACUUUGUUACCGUGGGCAACAGACACGUCAAGUUUUGGUAUCUCGAGUACUCGCGCAGUGCCAAGUAUAAGGAACCCGUGCCUUUGAUGGGUCGGUCUGCCAUAUUAGGAGAGCAGAGAAACAACGAUUUCGUGGAUGUGGCGUGCGGUCGCGGGGAAAUGGCAGAUUCCACGUACGCGAUCACCAAAACGGGCCUACUGUGCGAAUUUAAUAACAGAAGGCUUCUGGACAAAUGGGUGGAGCUUCGCACGACCAGCGCCAAUUGCAUGGCCGUUGGAGACAAAUACAUUUUCAUCGGGUGCGCGGAAGGUAUCGUGAGGUGCUUUAGUCCUAGUUCUCUUCAAUUCGUUACCACGUUACCGAGGACGCAUUACCUAGGCGUGGACGUUGCUCAGGGAUUGUCCAUUAGUCACAUGUCUCAGCAUCCGGGGAACGCGAGGUAUCCGGACGCUAUCGCUCUGGCGUUCGACGAACAAAACAACAAGUUGACUUGCGUAUACAACGACCAUAGUAUUUACGUGUGGGACGUGCGGGAUAUCAGGCGGGUCGGCAAGUCGCACUCGUUCCUCUAUCACUCGGCGUGUAUCUGGGGCGUGGAGAUGUAUCCUACGGGGACGGAUUCCGUCGGCAGCAUGCCGCCGGGAAGUUUCGUCACCUGUUCCAGCGACGACACCAUUCGCGUCUGGAACCUCGAGAAGGACGUGUCGCCUACCGACACGCUCUACAAACGGAACAUUUACAGCAACGAGCUACUCAAGGUCCUGUACAUAGAUCCCGAGCUCACGUACCUAAAGGACUUGGACCUGGCAGCCGCCGGAUCCACGGAGAAGAGCGACGCCUCGUACGACGGUCGGAACGGAGUCAGAUCGAUCAGAAUCGGUCCGGAUGGCAAGCAUCUCGCCUCUGGGGAUCGAUCCGGCAAUAUUCGAAUUCACGACCUCUCUUCCCUGGAAGAGCUGUGCCUGAUCGAGGCGCACGACGCGGAAGUGCUCUGCCUCGAAUACUCGAAAUUCUCGCGAUACUCCGAGGACUCACCGCGGCUGUUGGCCAGCGCCUCCAGGGACCGACUGAUCCACGUGUUCAGCGUCGACCAGGGAUACAAUUUCUUGCAGACGCUCGACGAUCACAGUUCUUCCAUUACCGCGGUCAGGUUCUUUAAUCAGAGCAGCCAGGCCAAUCAGAUACAGAUGGUGUCCUGCGGUGCCGACAAGAGUAUUAUUUUUAGACAGCUGCAAUCGACGCCAGGGGGAAUGCCGCAGUUCGCCAGGGGUCACAAUGCUCAGGGAAAGACUACCUUGUACGACAUGGAAGUCGAUUCCGGUCAAAAACAUGUCCUAACUGCCUGCCAAGAUAGAAAUAUAAGAGUUUACAACGUGUCCACUGGCAAACACAGCAAAACGUUCAAAGGAUCCGUCAGCGAAGACGGAUCCCUCAUCAAAGUCGUCCUAGAUGCAUCGGGAAUUUACGUAGCUACCUCGUGUACAGAUAAAACAUUAUGCGUGUACGAUUACUACAGCGGCGAAUGUAUGGCCACUAUGCUCGGUCACUCGGAAUUGGUGACCGGGCUGCGUUUUAGCCCCGACUGCCGUAACCUCGUAUCCGCCAGUGGAGAUGGCUGCAUUUUCGUCUGGCGCGUUCCACGCGACAUGGUCGUCACCAUGCAGGCUCGUCUCGCUCAGCAAGCAAUGCGAGCCGGAAAAAGGCCACCGCAAAUGAACGGCACGGGAAUCGACGUACAGUUGGACAACGAAAAUUUCGGAUCGCCACCGCCGGAAUUUCUGGAUCCAAACGCGAAUCCUACCCCUUCGAACGCAAGCGUGGAUUACAGGUUUAGCGUGGGUCAAUUGCCACUCUGGGCGAAAAAGCAGAUAAACACCGUAAACACCGACGAAACUGGAAUACUCGGGACGAAUGCGAGACCCGUCGGCGUUGAUCUACCUAAAGGUAGAUGGGCGCAAAGGGUACAACAGGGAGACGGUAUAACCGUCAAGUCCGUCUAUGACAGCGACGAGAUCAUACCGUUCCCUCCGCCUCGUGGAGCGAUCGAUUCCGACGGAGGCGGCGGUGGUGGCGGAUCCAAAGACAGCUCGAUCGACAGCGGAACCGAAACCAAGUGUAGCAGCGACUACAGGAGGGAAACGAUCGUCAUCAAAAGGGAAGGGGACGAGACCGUGUUUCAACCUUGUCCAGAUAGUUACAGAGAACUAGCAGACGACACGAAGCAGGUGAUCGGUGGUAACGUGACCGUAACUAGGGGUAGCAAUAUCACGGAAUUGACACGUCUGUCGAGGAGCCGUCACCAUACGGACGAUAGCAGUCUCGGCAGCUUUAAAUUUGAGGAUCACGAGAGUACGGAGCACGACGGCGACGUCGAGGAUUACUCCGAGGGGGAGAACGGAACAACCGGUUCCGAAAAGUCUCAUCAUAGACUGAUGUACUAUCCUGCUCCGGAAGACACGGUGUCGAAUCAGUUCACCGUGAACGCGAUGGACGUCGAGGAACUUCGGAGGUCUCAGAGGCGGCAAAAGAAGCCUAGAAACGGGGAGAGCGGCCGUACGAGCGAGUUGACUGCGUCCGGUAGCCAGGACGACUCGGACUCGGAAGGAGGAGCUUCAACCCCUAGCGCCGAACGCAAUCCUUUGUCCAUAUUGUCGGAGGCCAGUUCGGAAGGUUUCGAUCAGCUGGUAAAGCAAAGUCAUCGCGAAAAGUAUCUGAAGAACGCCUUCGAAUCUCUGAGCGGUGCCGAAGAGCCUACCAACAGAUGUCAAAAAACAACCAGCAUCAGUUCCCAGUUUCACGGAAGACUUAGCGGUGGCGGCGAUAGCACGAGCAACCACAAAGUUCGCAACGUCGCGGUGAUGAACGCAACCAAACAGGCGAGAGGCGACGCGGACGUCGCGAAAAAGCGCGAGGAAUUGCAAAGGAGAAUAGAAGAGACUAGGAGAAAAUUGCAAAGCGUUGGCUACAAGUCGUCGUUAAAAACCAGCCAAAGCAUAUCCGAUUUGAGCAGCCACAUACCGGAGAAGCAUCAUCGUUCGAACAGGCUAAACACAGGUAACAACAAAUUCGGUCAGCAAACUCAAUACUCGAAACCGAUUAAUCCUUGCAAACCUAUACCGAACCCAAAACCUCCACUUAAAUCUCAACAACUCGUUAACAAAGCGUCGGGUGUGGGAAAUGCGCUACCUAAGCUAGACAAUCCGACCGAGAACCGCUUGUCGAAAAGUCAGACCACGUCGUGCAUAAGCGAAAAGGCGAGACCAACGUCUCUUGGUCGUCCGUUAACGUUGACUCUUAAAAAAACUGAAAAGUAUAAGCUGUCGUUGAAUAAACCGAAUCAGUCGUUGCCCGAGUCGCCCGUGUGCGAGGAGCUAAAGCUCUUGAAGGAACAGUGUAAAAAGAACGUGAGUCGAUUCGCUAGGUUCGCGCAAAAGAGGAGAUCCUGUAGCUACUUCAUCGGAUUGGACGACAACGAAGAGGACAUGGAGAACAUAGCAAAGUCGUUCGAAAGUCUUCCCGCCAUGAACGAACGCAACAUCGAAAAUUUCCACGAUACCAUAGACGACGGGGACGACGGAAACGGAAACUUCAGCGACGACUCGUUGGAGGGCGACUUCAAGAAUCCACCGCGACGAUGUGUCAGCGAUUACCAGAUAAACGUCCGCGUCGACGAUCAGCAGGACAAUCGCAGACCAUACGCCAACUAUCAGACCUUCCCGAAACGAAUACUAACCGGUUCGCAGGAGAGCAUUCUGUCGGAUGCCUCGGUAGAGUCUUUCUCGAAAGGAAGCGCCGAGAUUUUGGAUUACGGCAACUACGACAACGACCGGCAUUCGAGCGCGAGUUUCUUUUUGUCCCGUCGGAAAAUACAGGCCGGACGAAGCCAGGAGAGCAUCCUAACGGACGAGUCCGAUUACCAGAUGUUCCCGUUGCAGGAGAACAUGGAUCAUCGAAGCACGGAGAGCGUGUUGACGGACGAUUCCGAUUCUCUGGUCAAGUCCGCGCCUCUCGAGAUGCUCUUCGACUCUCACUAUAAACGUAAGAGACAAAACUCGGAAACGUACAGCGGCAAUCCUAACAACGUCGCUGAACCGUCGAACGAGAUUCAGCAUUCCGCGAGCGACGCGACCACUUGUCGCGCGGUCUUUAGAUCGAAAUCUCUUCAGGAUACGAGAAUAAGCAAGACGACGAACGAGAACAGCUAUCCGGAAGAUGGCGCGCAGCCCGCAACCUGCAUCUACUACGAAUUCAAUUUCAACGAUAGGAACGACGCGAACGUCGAGAUGAGAAUCGGAACCAAAUCGGACACGAUGUCGCGAAGCAACAGCUUGAAAGUGUCCAAGGAGCCACAGUCGAUGCUGAUACUAAAUGAUUUCGUGGCUCACAAGCCACCGAAACCGAAACGAAAUUCUGCUCGGACGCAGAGCAUGAGGAACAGAGCGCGUCCCGCGUGGAAUAAGUAUAACGUGGAGCCCACGCCUCAGUCUACUCGUUUAAAAUCUCCCGAACCCGACGACUACGCGAGUAAGUCACGCGUGAAUUCGAGACCAGGGAGAAACGACGAGGAUGCGAAGCACGAGAGACCGGAGAUCUUGCACAGCUCGAAGAGAAUCGAACAGCUUUUACAAUCGUCCAACUACUCGCUACAGUCCAACAACGACAAAGACGCGAAAAAUAAAUUCUACAGCCUGCAAACCCGUCGACCGGACAAAAUGAGCGUGUACGAUUCCGGUGGACCGAUGGACAACUAUGGUUUCGAUCCCGACGACUCCUCCCAUCGAGGAUGCGACAUGACCGAGGGCCAAAGAGACUCCUCUUCCCACGUCUGCUGUUUUGAAAAUCAGAUCCCGACGAAAGACACGCAAGAAACGUACGACUCGUUGGAGGCUGGCUGCGCGCCCCGCGAAUCCCAGUCAGUCGGAAUGCAGAACGAUCCGGAUUCGCGAUCGGCGAACGAACCCAUCGACAAUCUGGACGUGGAUCUCAGAAUCACUCGAGCCAUCGAAGGGACCGUCAAGUUGCUUUCCAAGGAAUUCGAAAACCUGGUCAGACGCGAGCAGUACUUCAUGAAGGAGAAGUGCAUGCGACUGACGCACUGCCAGGAAGCCGAGAAUUUCGCGAAGUUAGAGGCAGAGCGAGACGGCAGAUUCGGGAUGAAACGCGACAUAAGGUUCCACUCUGGCGGAGACGACAGCGAUUUCGCGGACACAUCCGCGAUGGAUAGAUCGAUGUUGGAGAGCGGCUCCUCGACGUCCGCGUCGAGCUGCACGAAUUCCCCAAAAAGAAUGUGGCCUCCAGCUUCGCGAUGCCAAAGUCACAUGAAGUGGACGAAAACCUUGCCCACCAUUAAUCAGGCCAUACUCCCAUCUAAGCAUCUUUACACAGUUUCAGGAAAAGUAGGUAAUAAGAACACGAACGCUUCGGCGAGAAGUGGAUUAGGAAGCGCGAAUAGCGGAAACCAAUCUCGUCAUGCUUCAGCGAAGAAUCAUUCUUCACAUAUGACGAGAAGCAGUAGCGUCGGUGUUUUGAAUCAGAGCGAUUCCGAAUCGGAUGUCGGAGUGGGAAACGGAAGAGGAUGGAACAACCAAACCGGCAGUAACAGAAUCAGCGGACUUAUGAGGCCAACGAUCAGCUCGCAAAAUAAAAUUAAUCAUCAAAUAAAGACGAGUUCCUCUUCCAACAGCAAUUUGCCCUCUGUUCUCAGACGUAGAGGCAUGCAGGGAGCGUACUCGAGUGUAAAUCUAAGUCAAGUGGGUAAUCAAGAAGAUUCGAGUUCGGAGGACACGUCCUCGAAUGGAAACGGUGGAAAGCCAGCGCUUCCUCCGAGACCUCGAAGCAUCAGUAUCGACCAUUCCGUUGCAACCUUGAGUUUACCCGGUACAACGGUGAGAAGAUCGGGCUCAACGACGGUCAUCGCGAACGGUCGCAAUGGAAACGGUACGAUAGGACAAAAUGCGAGCAGCAGGAUAUCGGCAGCCAAUCGAAAUCAGUUGGAUCCCAGUCCUCAAGAACUGCCAGUCAAAGAUACCGAUCGUGCCAUCGAUGUAGCUAGUGCCGAGUUAGGCACGGAUAAAACUUUAGUGUCGACUCAGCUGUGCAAUACAAUCGCAGACGAUUUGACGCGAACCGCGGACAACGUUGUACAGCUGUACAAACGUUUAACGAUAGACAAGGAGGACGAGGGAACGAGCAUCGACAGGGACACGAUGCUGCGCGGCCUCCAGUCGUCUGUAAACGAGACGAUGCGCACUCUACGACUGGUCGUUGCCAGUGGCCAGGCCCAUAACGACGGAUCGGUGACGAGCAACGAGAACGUGGUCGUCAACGAAGCGACCGCCACGUUUCAAGAGCUACUCGCCGGUCAGGAUCAGGGUAAGGUGGUCAAUAUGAUGCAACAGUACUCCGAACUGCUGCUUACAAUGAUGCAGCAGAGGAUGGAGGGAACUCAGUCGAGUCACACGUAAAAUCCGUCCAUCCGCGAGUUCCCUGACGAACGAUCUGGAAGUUCAGCUGCGAUACCGCCAGAACUUACGCUUUUCUCGCUCUCUGUGGAUCGUCUCGCUACAUUGAGAGUUUGCAUCUUCGCUUUCUGUUAUUAACGUAUGUAUCUCGAACCUUUCUUAGCGAUCCUGCCAUUAGACGUCAUUUCGCGAAUACGCAGGGCAGAAAGGAGGAAAGCGUACGUACGAACCGCACGAUGAAUUUUAUCUGAAAAAUCGUUAAAGAGAAUCUGCAAUUUACUAGAAAAAAGAAAAAAACUAUUCGAGAAUCGAUAUCGACAUCCAAACUUUCAAAUUUAAAGUUAACCAAACA